AUGGCCUCCGGCCUGGCCGAGGACCUGGUGUGCCCCAUCUGCCUGGCCCUCUUCCAGGAGCCCCACAUGCUGGCCUGCGGCCACAACUUCUGCCUGGCCUGCCUGCAGAGCGUCGUCCCCGGCGGGCAGGAGGCGGGAACGUGCCCCGAGUGCCGCGGGCCCUUCCAGAUGGCCGAGCUGAAGCGCAACCGGGCCCUGGGCAGCCUGGCCAGGAAGGUGCGCCGCUGGAAGGCCGACGAGGAGCCGCUGCCGGGGGCGCCCGCCGGGCCGUGGCACUUCUGCGAGGAGCACGACGAGCCGCUCAAGCUCUUCUGCACGGAGGACGAAGGGCCCAUCUGCGUCAUCUGCCGGGACCUGCCCCAGCACCGCGGCCACGAGUUCUUGCCUACCAAGAAUGCUGUGCUGGUCUCUCAGGGAAAAUUGAAAGCAUAUCUGAAACAUCUGGAGAAGCAUCUAAAGGAGGUGGUUGAGGAUGAAAAAGAUCAGCAGAACGAAAUUGCAGCACUGAAGAACUGCACUGAAGACCUGUUGGGUCUUAUUUCCAGUGGGUUUAAGGAUCUCCACCAGAUCUUGCACAAGAAAGAACAAGAAAUUAGGCUGAUGGUAGAGAAGAUGAAUGAGGAGAACAUGGAAGAAAUGGAGGCUUCCUUAACCUCUUUGAAAGAAGAAGGGACUUCACAGACGGAGACCAUUGCCAAGGUCAAAGCUGCGUUAGAAACAACAGAUCACAUUGCCUUUCUAAAGGGUUUCAAGAAGCUGAUAGAGCAAGUGAAGGAGAUUCACCAAGGAGAGAUUGAAGACGAUGAGGAAGAUGAGGAGAAACCUGAUGAUCAAGCAGAAGAGAAAUCCAAUAACGCUGAAUGUGGGGAGGAUCAAUGGGAAGAUGCUGACGGUGAAGAAGAUAAUGAAGAUUAUGAACCUGACGAGUCUGAUCAUGAUGAUGACGAUGAUAGGGUGAUCCCUGUGGAGCUAGCACUUGAGAGCUUUGGGGAGUCAUUGGACUUUGAGCUCUGGAAGGAACAGUUGGAGAGUAUCAAACCCAAGGAGAUUAUCUAA